UUACUGACCCAACAGUGUUGUGUGCACAUACAUUAUCAUUACAUCUGUGUUAUAAAAGCGCGUCUCUGUCUGAAGAACAUGAUCACAGGCACAUCUCAGAUGGACGGCUGCAUCCUAGUGGUGGCGGCGACCGACGGUCAGAUGCCACAGACGCGUGAGCACCUCCUGCUGGCGCGGCAGAUCGGCGUGGAGCACGUUGUGGUGUUCGUUAACAAAGCCGAUGUGGUGGAGGACAAGGAGAUGCUGGACCUGGUGGAGCUGGAGAUCAGAGAGCUGCUCACAGAGUACGGCUACGACGGUGAAAACACACCAGUUAUUACUGGAUCGGCACUCUGUGCUCUAGAGAACAGCCAGCCGGAGCUUGGUGUAAACUCCAUUAUGAAACUUUUGGAGGUGGUAGAUAAUCAUAUUCCUUUGCCAAAGAGAGAUCUGGAUAAACCAUUCCUGCUGCCCGUAGAGGGAGUCUGUUCUAUUCCAGGUCGUGGUACUGUGGUCACUGGCACACUAGAGCGAGGAAUGAUCAAGAAAGGAGAUGAAUGUGAAUUUCUCGGACACAAUCGUUGCUUUAAGUCCAUCAUCACUGGUAUCGAGAUGUUCCAUCAGUCUCUAGAACGGGCGGAGGCGGGUGAUAACAUGGGCGCUCUGGUUCGCGGUCUGAAGAGGGAGGACGUCAGGAGAGGCAUGGUGAUGUGCAAACCGGGAUCCAUCCAGCCACACCAGAAGGUCAAAGCUCAGGUCUACCUCCUGAGCAAAGAGGAGGGCGGCAGACACAAGCCGUUCUGCACAAACUUCAUGCCGAUCAUGUUCUCUCACACCUGGGACAUGGCUUGUAUAGUAGAGCUGCUUCCGGGGAAGGAGAUGGUGAUGCCGGGAGAGGACACGUCUCUGAUCCUGGCCCUCAGACAGCCCAUGGCUCUUGACAGAGGCCAAAGGUUCACGCUCCGAGACGGCAACCAAACUAUCGGCACGGGCCUGGUCACAGAAAUCCUCCCCGUGACAGAGGACGACAAAUACAACUGGGGCUGAGAAAGACGACAGGAAAAGAGGAAACUCUUUGAGACUCUGGUGUCCGAAGCCUUUUUGGACUGAAGUUCUAGAAAUGUCACUCUAGAAUUGAAUUGUGGCCCUGUUUAUAUUGCAAAAUUAAAUCUGUUUGCUAAGGAGGAUGUCUUUGUCCUGAUUGCUGAUGUCUUUGCAAACCCUUAAAAAUGUGCCCACCAAUUUUCUACAUGAAGAAGCAAGUAACGUAUCACUCAGAUUAGAAAUGUGGAACAAUUUGCGUCCAUUUCAGCACAUCACAAUGUUCGAAACAUGCUCUGCUUUCAUUAUCCUCUCUCAUCUCAGCUGUCAAUUAUUCACAAAGUGAAAACCAGUACAUUUGCGGAAAGUUUCCAAAUUUAAACUGUACUUGGCUUGUCAUUCCAUGCUGCUCAUCUACAGACACACAUUGGGCUCUUUUGCUGUCUGUUUUCCGGGCAUCUGUCUAAAAAAUGUAAUAAAAUGUAUUCAAUAGAUCUGUAGACUCAGCCUUGUGUCUGCUUUGCAUUUAACCACCUUUCAACGAGAAAAAAUGUACAGUGAUAAUUUAAGUCGCGACUAUUAUAUAUUUUUGAGGUGGUGUCAAACAUGUUGUAGUAACACUGAGAAGCCAAUUUUUCGAAUGUUCAAGUUAUUGCUUUAAAGUGCGAUGUUUAAAUCAAAACAUUUGAGGGUGAUGGUGAAUGAUUGUGUGUAAGAAGGCAAAAUUAUGAAAAAGCUAGGUCUGUUCUGAAUCUGUUUGAAUUUGCUUUGUGACAGUAAACUCAUUCAUGAAGUCUUUAUUGUGACAUUUACUUGAAUAUUAUUACAGCAAUAAAACAAUAAAUAAUGUUUAGGAAGUUCUUGACGAUUGCAACCCCGAUGGUGAAUUUCACAAAGAAACGUCAUGGUCAUAUGUUAAAAUCGA